AUGUCAAGACCAAAUGGAGGACAACGAAGACGUCCAAGUGGUGUGAAGCUACCGUUUGCACUGCAGAAGGAACUAGGCUUGGAAAACAAGUCGCAGGGACGGCGGCCGCAGAAUGGCACCGUGAGGAACAGAAAAGAGCAGCGCAAGGCUGGACGACUGGAGAAGAAGAGAAGCAAGGGAUUUUCGGGGCCAGAAAGGAGAGUGCAAGACCAUGAAAGCGACGAGGACGAGCAAUACGACGAGAGCGAGGAGGACUCCCGGCCGGCACCCUCGCCUGUGAAGACUGCGCCGGCGAAGAGAGAACCAAAGAAAGAGGCAAAGUCGAGGAGCAUACUGAAGAAGCCGAUGGUUAGACCGCGCUCUCCCUCGAUAUCUGAUGAAGAUGAGACGGAUCGGUCGCGGGCCUCGUCGCCAGGCCUCGUUCUAGAUGCCUCCUCGAGAGCCUUUAGGGAUCGAGCAGCACAGGACGAUGCGGAGAUCAGUGCGCUUGAAAAGAAACUCGGGUUUCAAAAGAAAGCCAAGUCAAAAUCAUUCGCUGAUGACGGUCUGGAUGAUUUGCUUGAAGGCCUCGAAGAGGAGGAAAGGGGACAAAAGAGAAUGAGUGAAGAAGACGACUGGCUUGAAAGAAAGAGAAGGAAGACAGCACCUCAGGACGAGGAUGAGGAGGAUGAUGAAGACCUCGAUAUUGACGGGGAUGAUGCUGGCGACGAUAUUGAUAUGGAUGAGGACGACUUGCCAGAUGAAGAUCUAGACGGAGGAUCUACCCAAGAUGGGCAAACUGAGGACGAUUUUGAGAGUUUCGAAUCAGACGAGGACGAAAGGCCCCGAACUCAGAAGGUGAAGGUGCGAGAAAACCCUUACGUUGCCCCUGUAGCAGCGAAUGCGUCUAGCCCCAAAUAUGUCCCUCCCUCGCUGCGGAAAGCACAGAACUCUGAGGGGGCGUCCCUGGAAAGGUUAAGACGCCAACUUCAAGGGCACCUGAACAAGCUGUCCGAAGCGAACCUCAUAUCUAUACUUGACGAGAUUGAGAAGGUCUACCAGUCAAAUCCCAGACAAGAUGUCACGUCCGUUCUCAUUGAGCUGCUUCUCACUCAAUUCAGCAGCAAAUCGACUCUUCCGAACACAUUCGUUAUCCUUCAUGCAGCUUUCUCGGCGGCUGUAUACAAGGUAAUUGGGGUCGACUUCGGCGCUGAGCUGCUUUCACAACUUGUUGAUCGCUUCGAUCUAUAUCACGGCGACGAAGGAGCGGGCAAGGAGGCGUUAAACCUAAUCAGUUUGCUGUCCAAUCUAUUCACAUUCAACGUUGUGAGCAGCGCAGUCCUCUUCGAUCACAUCAGGCUCCUCCUUGAGGAAUUGACCGAGAACAACACCGAGUUACUUCUUCGAAUUGUUCGUGACUCUGGACCACAGCUUCGUCGGGAUGAUCCAUCAUCACUGAUGGUUAUUGUUCGAUCUAUGGCGAAGACUGUCGACAGGAUGAACGCAGCAGGAGAGAAAAUAAGUGCAAGAACUAGGGUCAUGAUGGACAUGAUUACGGACCUGAAGAACAACAAAUUGAAGACUACGAGCAAUGUGGGUCUUUCCAGUGAGCACAUCACCCAGAUGAGGAAAGCGCUGGGAAGUCUUAACAAUCGGCACUUAAGAGCAUCGGAGCCCCUGCGGAUUACUCGAGAUGAUAUCAAAAACAGCGACAAGAAGGGUAAAUGGUGGCUUGUAGGUGCGAGCUGGAAAGGGAACGAAUCAGCUCCUGGCACAGAUGACCUCACUGAGGCUACCACGGUUUUGAAAGGCGACCUUGAGGAUGACAACGAUGGCUCGGUUGAUUUGGUAGCUCUCGCUCGAGAGUACGGAAUGAAUACAGAUGUCAGGCGGUCCAUCUUCGUGGCUCUAUUAUCGGCCGUGGAUUACAAAGACGCACAUGUCCGGCUAAUGAAGCUGCGUCUCAAGCAAAAUCAAAUGCAGGAGAUCCCCAGGGUCCUACUUCGUUGUGCGGCUGGAGAGAACCCUUAUAACCACUACUACACGCUGGUGGCGAAGAGACUAUGCCUGGAAAAGCGCAUGCGUAAAGCAUUUCAAUUCGCAUUGUGGGGAUUUUUCAGGAGGCUAGGCGAGAACGCAGACAUUGACGAUGACGCGAACGACGAUGGAGACCAGAAUGUCGAGAUGAAUGAGAUUGCGAACCUGGCAAAGUUGUAUGCCCAUCUCAUACUCGACGGAGGUGUGACGAUUGGUGUUCUCAAAGUUCUCGAUUUGGCAUAUAUCAAAGAACGAACAAGCCUGUUUGUCGAGUUGUUGUUGAUCAUGAUCAUGAUCGAGGCCAGCAACACGAAAGUCGACUCUGUACCGCGAGUGUUUGAUCGAGCAAUCGAGACGCCCCAGGUUAUCAAACGAUUACAAUACUUUGUCAAAAAGAAUGUCCGAAACUCUGACCUGAUAUCAAAGGACGACAAGGAUACGGUCAAAAGAGGUUGCAAGGUUGCAUUGGACACCCUUUCGCGCCUAGAUUCCGGAACGAGUCUCAUGGAUGAUUGA